AUCAAUCAAUCAUUAACACUAUUUUCUCAAUUCACUUCCAUUUCUCCACGUAUUCUUUGUUUUUAGAGAAAUGGCAGACAUUGUUAAGAGAAUGAAGUUGGGUUCAAGGUUUAGGGUGUAUGGGAAUGUGUCCUGAAACAGAGGAAGCCAUGAUUGAACUUAUUCACUAUGCUAUCAACUCUGGUAUCACCUUCCUUGACACUUCUGAUGUUUAUGGACCUUAUACCAAUGAAAUUCUUCUUAGUAAGGCGCUUAAAGGAGAGAUGAGAGAAAAGGUACAAUUGGCAACAAAAUUUGGAAUUACAAGUAAGGAUGGUAAAUUUGAAGUGCGUGGUGAUCCUGUCUAUGUAAGGGCAGCAUGUGAGGCAAGCUUGAAAAGGCUUGAUGUUGAUUACAUUGACCUUUACUAUCUACAUCGUAUUGAUAUUCGAGUUCACAUUGAAGUUACCGUCAGUCUUUUUUUUUUUUUUUUUUUUUUUAAUAUUAGCUUUUAAACUUAACUAUUCUACUAGAGCUGUCUCAUUUAUUAUUUUUGGAUUCAGUAUGAAAGAUGAUACCUAAAAACUUAAGA